GCUGUGGAUUGUUUGUUGUGAGUGGAUGUGAUUUUCCGUGCGCUGUCGUCUUUAAUUUAUUCCCUGUAUUUCCAAUUUGUCUCCAUUUAUUUGACUUAUGCACCUGUAGUAUUCAUCACACGACUAACUACUGAAGACGUGAUUACAGAGCAAGCGGAAAGAUGACCUCGAAUGUUGUGGAGUUUUAUCGUGGGAAGAGUCUCUUCAUCACCGGCGGCACGGGAUUUCUGGGCAUAGCCCUCAUCGAGAAACUCCUGCGAUCGUGUCCGGAUGUGGGACAAAUCUAUCUGCUCAUGCGACCGAAGAGGGGAAAAUCCAUUGAGCAACGUCUCGAAGAGUUGUGCAAAAAUACCAUCUUCGAAACUCUGCUAGAGAAGACGAGCUCUGACAUCUUCAAGAAGCUCAUUCCGGUGUCUGGCGAUGUUGGUGAUGAAGAUCUGGGCCUUUCUCCAGCUGAUCGUCAGCGGUUGAUUGAGAAUGUGAACAUUGUGUUCCACUCGGCGGCAACACUUGACUUUCAGGCGUCUCUCAAGCCCACCGUCAACAUCAACUUGCUGGGAACACGACGAGUUAUGGAGCUGUGUCAACAAAUUAGGAAUAUGAAGGCGAUGGUGCAUGUUUCGAGUGCUUACGUGAACUCUUUCUUGCUGGAGACUCACGAGAAAUUGUAUCCUGCUCCGGAGAUUGCCCAGAAAGUGAUUGAUUUGGCGCAAACACUGAAUGACGAUGCUAUUGAGGAGUUGACGCCGGGAUUGCUCAAGGAUCACCCGAACACGUACACAUUCACGAAGCACUUGGCUGAGCACGAGGUGAAUCAGUGUGCAGGGAAGUUUCCCUGUGGCAUCGUGAGGCCCAGCAUGAUCACGGCGGCUUGGAAGGAGCCAGUGCCGGGGUGGACCAAUUCCAAGAAUGGACCCCAAGGCUUCCUCAUGGGCGCGUCGAAGGGUGUGAUCAGACGUCUGCCGGUCGGCCUGGAUCUCGUCUAUGACUACAUUCCCGUGGAUGUGGUGGUGAAUCAACUGAUUGUCGUGGCGGAGGAGAUUGGGAGGAAGAAUUCUGGAGAAACGUCGGUUUACCACUGCACCUCGAGCACAUACAAUCCCUUCCGGUGGGCGAGUGUGGCGAAGAAGGUGAAUGGAUUCUUGCACAAGUACCCACUGAAGUCGGCCGUGUGGUAUCCUCACUUGAAGUUCGUCCAGAGUCUGUUGCUCUUCAAGAUAUCUGCGCUAUUUGUCCACUUCCUUCCAGCCCUCAUUCUCGAUGGGAUCACGAAAAUAGCUGGAGGAAGGCCAAUUCUCAUGCGUCUUCACACAAAUGUUUGGGACUCUUUGAAGCGUCUGGAGAAGUUUAUCUUCACAGAGUGGAAAUUCCACAACACUCGCUCGCUGGAAUUAAGUAAAUCCUUAUCACCGAUAGACAAGCAGAUGUUCAACAUUGAUAUCGUCACUCUGGUGUGGGAAGAUUACUUCGUGAAUCUCACUCAAGGUGUUCGUCGAUAUCUCAAUAAUGAGCAACCAAAAUCUCUGCCUCAGGCAAGGAAGAAGGACACAAUACUGCUAUUUAUCCAUUUGGGAUUGCAACUCCUCAUUCACUGCGGAGUUUGGUGGUUCGUGGCAUCUCUGCUGGGACUGCCCAUGAGCAAAUGCCCUUUCAUUGUGCCCCUGUCCUACGUUCUAACAGGAUUCCUCUAACUUUGAGGCACACAGCCCAGGCUUGAGGGAUCUUCUCUCGAAUUCUACUUCAAUUUUACCUACUGUAUUCCACGUCGCUUUCCAUUUCUCACAAUUUUUCAUUAAUAUUUUUCUCAUGAUAUUAUUUUGUAUACGUAAAGAAUAAAACUCCUUUGGUGUUGU